CAAUACAUAGGGUUUCAGUAAAAAAGGAUCCUAUUCCAAGUCUUGAUUAAGGGUGCGGUGUACAGCGCCAUGUCAAUGUUUCUAAUAUUAGUUUUUUCUCUUCUUCCCAAACUAUGCAAACAUUUUUUUUUGUUGCGACUCCGAAGUCAGUAGUACACGAUCACACCUGAGAACCAUCUAAACUUCUUUUUGCACUGCGCAUUUCGUCAACAAUCGCCUUCGUCAUCGUCAUCGUCGGGAUGUAUAGCAGCCUUGUGUUCUUGACUCCAAGCGGGUUCUUGUGCUGGAAGAUGCCACUCUCAGAGUAGUAAUAUAGUGUAGCAAACCCUCGUCUCUUUUACAGUCUCGAUCAAGCUCGUCUGCCUGCUUCUCGAUUCCACCCACCAUGAUGCUGGAUCUAGCCUCCUUCGGGGACGACAAAUUUCAUGCCAAAUCGUGGGUCAAUGCGGCCUGCAAGGCGCGUCACCCGGACGACUCCCUCGACAAAUACUUGGGCGAUUUGGAGAUAAAGCUGCAGCUCAUGGCGGAGAAUAUUGCCGCUUCUCUAGAGGAGCAAAGCGCGCAAGCGCUCCUGCGCGUGCCUCGGGCCUCCCGCGAUGUUUUUCGGGUGCGCGAUGAUGCCCUCUCUCUCCGAUCCACCGUCUCCGCUGUGCUCCAAAAGCUACAGCAGGCAGAGGGUACUUCUGCAGAAUCAGUAGCAGCACUUGCCCGUGUAGAUGCUGUUAAGCAGCGGAUGGAAGCGGCACAUGAAACACUUCAGGAUGCGGCAGGAUUGGCAAAGCUCAGCGCUAGCGUUGAGGAUGUUUUCGCUAGUGGAAACCUACCGCAGGCGGCGGAAACUUUAGCUCAAAUGCGCCGCUGCUUGGCAGUAGUUGGUGAAGUGCCCGAGUUCGCAAAUGUGAAGCGACAAUUGGAGGGACUAGAGGAUCGAUUGGAGGGUAUGGUGCAACCACGGCUUGCAGAUGCCCUCACCCAACGGAAGGUGGAGAGUACUCAAGGACUUCGAGAUAUUCUCAUUACGAUAGGCCGAUACAAGUCACUUGAGCAGCACUACACUCGAGUGCGAAUGCGGCCUCUUAAGCGCUUAUGGGAGGAGUUUGAGGCCGUAAAAGUUGGCAUACCUUUGGCGAAGCCAGCAGCUACUGACAAUAGUGUGGGAGGUGAUCGAAGGCCUGCAACCAUGCCUAAUUCUGCAAAUGGCUCAACAACUUCGUUUGCUGAAUGGUUACCACACUAUUACGACGAAGUUCUCCUUGUACUCGAGCAAGAGUUAAAAUGGUGCAUGGUAGCGUUUCCGGAAGACUACAAGUUGCUCGUUCCCAGAUUGUUGAUUGAGACCAUGGGUUCAAUUUUUGCCAGCUUUGUCACGCGCAUUGACACUUUCACAACUGAGGCUACUGCAGCGUCCAGAGCUUUGGUCGGAGGUGGUGGAGCUACCGGAGAAGUGAAUGUUCGACACUCAACUUUGGGUUUACUCAUAGGAUUACACAACGUGGCACAAGCAUUUUCGAAGAAUGUCUUGCACUUGCUUUUCACAAUUGAUGUAGCUGAGUUGGCAAGGGUAAUUGAAGCAAUUUUCCAACCAUUUGAAGGUUGCAAGCAAAGGUAUGGAGAGCUUGAGCGCAUUCAACUUUCGGGCGAAGUAUCAGCAUUAGACUUGCGAGGAGCAGUUUCUCGGGGGUUUGGUCAACGCGGGGUGGAGCUUAGUGAAACAGUUCGAAGAAUGGAAGCAUCGAUCCCUGAAGUUAUUAUAGCCCUUGAAGCUGCAGUAGAACGGUGUAUAAGCUUCACUGGAGGAGUCGAAGCUGAAUCUUUACUCCUUACUCUCGACGAAAUUGUUCUGCAAUACUUAGCUAGUUUGUUUGAUAUCCUCAAAUCAUUGCGUUCUAUAUGUGGAGUUGACCUACUUUUAGACUUCAUGGGGUCAGGUGACUCAUCCAACCUUAAGAAGGAUGGAGGACUACUAGAAGGAGCUGUAAAGAAAGAGGGAACUGGCACAGCUUUCGAUGUUGUGCCUGAAGAGGAAGAGUGGACGAUUGUUCAAGGAGCACUUCAGCUUUUGACUGUCGCCGAAGGCCUUAGUAGUCGUUCGGCUGUGUUUGAGGCCUCGCUUCGGGCCACACUGUCUCGGUUGGGCACCAGUUUGCAGCCCUCGCGCGUGCUGACCAGCUCCACGUUGUCUUUCCCUUUGAUCACUUCUGAGAAAGAAGACUUGGAUGACACUUUUGCAGGGCCAAUGGGACUAGAUAUUUCAAUUUUGCGCUUAUUCAGUACUCCUGAGAAAGCAAAAAGACUAUCAAGCCUGUUUGAACAGCAGGCCAAGGAUCCACAGUUUCAUGCGCUGCCUCACACUUCUCAAAGGGUAGCUGCUUUUACGGACGCAGUGAAUGAUCUCGUGUACGAGGUUCUUAUGUCAAAAGUCCGGGCUAAGCUUGCAGAUAUGGCGAGGGAGGCCGUUUGGAACCAGCAGGAAGAACAAAAUUUAUUUUCCUUGCCAAAUUUUAGUGCUUAUGCAUCGGAGUAUAUCACUAGCAUUGGUGAGUACUUGUUAACACUUCCCCAGCAGUUACUUCCUCUAGCAGGGAGUGGAAAUCCGGAGGGCGUAGAAGAGGGCUCUGAUGAUGCCCAGUACUUUGCGACAGAGUGGAUGUUCAAGGUGGCCGAAGGAGCAACGGCUGCUUACACAGAACAAAUCAGGGGAAUUCAAGCUCUUAGUGAGCGAGGUGCACAACAGCUUUCUGCUGAUAUCGAGUAUCUAUGCAAUGUACUCAAUGCAUUGUCUAUGUCCACCCCGCCGGUCCUCCACACUUUUCAUGUCUGUGUAUCCACUCCACGAAACAAGCUUUUUGAGGUUGUAGAGCAGGAUGGAAUCGACAAUGCAACAUUUCGGCUGGUUUGUAAGAUGCGUCAAGUUAAAUUGGAAUCAGCUUAAUGUGGUUCGCUGAUGGACUGAACAAUGCCACAUAUUUGCCAUCGAACAGUGUCUGAGUUGUUUGCCAAGAUAGGUUGGAGCUGUCACCCAUAAGCUUCCUCCACGGAAAUUUGACUUCUUAAUAUUUUGAUCGAGGUGAUCUCUAUUUUAUAUAGGGUAAACAUAAUUUUCACCAUUACAAAGUUUACUCCGUUUUAGUAGUGGUAUUACACAGGUAUUCUAAACAAGCGAACGUGCUGUGAGCGGUUUCGUUCAGAAUCACUGAAAUCACGUUACAAAUCUCUUCGACACGGUCGAGACUCAAACUUGGCCCUGCAAUUUGAUAAUGUCAUUCCAAUAUUUCACCGUGAGCUGGUAAUGACAGCAUGACUUUUUACGAUCA